UGAACAUAACCUAGUACGAUCAUCAUCAUCAUGAUCAUCAUUGUAUUUCAUCAUAGAAACCGGUUUCAAUCAUCAUCACCAGUCUCUGAAUGUGGCUGGUGGGCAAUUCUUAGGCAGUUUCAGAUUCUCUGGACAUAACAAGGAGGGAAUUGGGUUUGGAAGAAAUCGUCUCUGCAACACCUUAAUCUUUUGGGUUCUUCUUCUUCUUCCUCCAUCCCCCUCUUAUGGGGGUAUCUUCUGAUAACCUCAAUGGCCUUGUCUUGGCCGUUUCGUCGAGUUUUUUCAUUGGAUCCAGCUUUAUAGUGAAGAAGAAAGGACUCAAGAAAGCAGGGCUUAAUGGACUAAGAGCAGGUUCAGGGGGGUACUCUUACUUGUACGAGCCUUUGUGGUGGGCUGGGUUGCUAACUAUGAUUAUUGGUGAGCUAGCUAAUUUUGCUGCUUAUGCAUUCGCUCCUGCAAUUCUUGUAACUCCAUUGGGGGCUUUAAGUAUUAUUUUCAGCGCACUGCUAGCUCAUUUUUUGUUGAAUGAAAAAUUGCACAUUUUUGGCAUGCUUGGCUGUCUUCUUUGUGUGGUGGGCUCCAUCAGUAUCGCCUUACAUGCUCCACAAGAAAGAGCCAUUGAAUCAGUAAAGCAAGUAUGGCAACUAGCUACUCAGCCAGGUUUCAUUGUUUACACUUGCUUUGUUUUGAUUAUGGUUCUCAUCCUCAUUUUCUUGUUUGUGCCAAAAUAUGGGCAAAAACAUAUGACAGUAUACAUUGGGAUCUGCUCACUGAUGGGAUCAAUUACGGUUAUGAGUGUGAAAGCAUUGGGAAUUGCUUUGAAGUUAACAUUUUCAGGAUCGAAUCAGUUCAAAUACUUCCAGACAUGGUUCUUCACGGUGGUUGUUGUUGUCUGUUGUGUCCUGCAGAUGGACUAUUUGAACAAGGCAUUGGACACUUUUAACACUGCUGUUGUAUCUCCCGUCUACUAUGUUAUGUUCACUUCACUCACAAUCAUUGCCAGCAUGAUCAUGUUCAAGGACUGGGACUCACAAAAUGCAUCACAAAUUGCAACUGAAUUAUGUGGCUUUGUGACCAUUCUUUCUGGAACCUUUCUCCUCCAUAAGACCAAGGAUAUGGGUGAUGAUAUGUCCCCACAAUCAUCUCUCUUUGCAAGUCCAAAUACUGAACCCAGUAUCUUCAGAAGUCCAAACCAUGAAGUUCCAAUCUUCUCAAAUCCAAACGAGGAACCUCAUAUCUUCACAAAUUCAAAAUCAGCCUCCAGAAAGGUAUAGACAUCACAUUCUAAUGUGGAUUUAUAACCUCUAGAGUCAUACCCCUUUGGCAAAUAUUCUCCUCUAAUCUUAAAGAAGCAAAUGGACAUGUUAAUGCAAGAACUUGACGAUGUCUACUCAACUGUUAACCCAAAACUUACAAAAUUUGUAGAGGUCCCAUGGGUAGAAAAACAUCUGUAGAAGUCUACUGAGCACUCUCCAUGCCUUGUGAUGCUAAAUUUCGAGGUGGUUUUCCACUAUUGUACUUUGUGAAUCCACCAUACUCGGUGAUAGUUUGUUAAAGGAAUUUUAGUGUUUGAUUAUAUUUAAUUA